AUGAAAUCUCACCAGUCUCGCCAUUUUCCGUGGCGAUCGAUAGCAGGAGGGUCUAACCAGCAUGCGCCGCAGGUGUCUUCUAACGAAGAUUACAAAGCCAUUAGCGACGAGAAUCGAAAACACAUUGACGAAGUCUUUGACUUAAUGGAUAUGAAGAAAAAAGGGUGGCUGAAUAGCUAUGAAUUUAAACACUCCCUCACCGCGCUGGGCUUCGACAUGCCCAAACCCGACUACUACAGAGAACUAGAAAACUACGGUAUCGUACCGCCGGACUGGCGAGAUCCUCAAAGCUGCCCAGUCAACCGCCUGCUCAUCUACCCCGACCAGUUUCGACUAUGCGCUGCAAAGCUUAUUGCCCACCGAGACCCGCGUGAAGAGAACAUCAAAAUAUUUAAUAUGUUCGACUACGACCAGAAUGGAAUCAUCUCGUUCGAAGAUAUGAGGCAUCUUGCUCAGGAUAUUAAGGAAGAACGUCCAAUGACGGACGAAGAGAUUCAGACUAUGAUAGAACAUCUCGAUCACGACGGCAAAAAUGGUGUAAAUCUCGAAGAGUUUAUACAGAUGAUGGAAGAGGCUGGCUAG